CCUCUUCCUGUCCCCCACCCUCCUCGCCAUGGACGAGACCUCCUCCAUCUCCUUCCCGAAUGACUACCCCACCAUCGACCCCACCUCCUUCGACCUCGUCGUCCACGGCACCGGCCUCCCCGAAUCCCUCCUCGCUGCCGCCGCCGCUGCCGCCGGGAAAUCCGUCCUCCAUCUCGACCACAACCCCUUUUAUGGCUCCCACUUCUCCUCCGUUCCCCUUCCCUGGCCCCCUUCCUUGUUACACUCCCCCCCGCUGCCGCCGGAUCCGUCCACUCUGCCCUCCGCCCUCUCCCCUUCCUCCUCCUACGCCGCCGUCAACGUCUGCCUCCGCCGCCUCUACUCUGAGAUCGAGAUCGCCGGAUCUUCUCCCGAGCCCUCGAAGGCCUUUCUAUUGGAUCUCGCCGGGCCAAGGGUCCUCUACUGCGCCGACGAGACGGUGGAUCUGAUGCUGCGGUCAGGGGCGAGCCACCACGUCGAGUUCAAGAGCGUGGAUGCGAACCUGAUCUACUGGGAGGGGCGGCUGUGCUCGGUGCCGGACUCGAGGCAGGCGAUCUUUAAGGACCGGACACUUGGAUUGGCGGAGAAGAGAGAGAUGAUGAAGUUCCUGAAGCUGGUUCAGCAGCACAUAGGAUCGGGCGACAGUCAGGUGGCAGCGGCGGCGGAGGAGGCGGCUGUCGGGAUCUCGGCAGAGGAUUUGGAGAUCCCGUUUGCUGAAUUCCUUAAGAAGCAGCGGCUUCCUCCCAAGAUUAGAACGAUUAUUCUAUAUGCAAUUGCCCUAGCAAAUCAUGAUCAAGAUAAUGCAGAGUCUUGCAAGAAAUUAAUCACAACAAAAGAGGGCAUUGAGAGUUUAGCUCUUUACAACUCCUCUGUUGGGAGGUUUCCUAAUGCAGUCAGUGCAUUCAUCUAUCCUAUAUAUGGCCAUGGAGAACUACCUCAAGCUUUCUGUCGUUGUGCUGCUGUUAAAGGUGCUCUUUAUGUUUUGCGGAUGCCAGUUGUUGCCCUUCUUAUUGACAAGGAAAGUAGGCAGUAUAAAGGUGUUAGACUGGCAUCUGGUCAAGAUAUAUUUAGUCAUCACCUGGUAAUGGAACCAUCAUUUCAAGUUCCAUCUUCAGUCUCACAUUCGAAUAUUGUAUGUGAAGGUUCGAAUGCCUCAAAUUUAACUGGGUAUACUGCACGAGGAGUCUGCAUAACCAGUGGUCCCAUACAGCAAGGGUCAUCAAAUAUUCUGGUGGUUUUCCCUCCUAAAUCACUACACUCUGAGCAGCUGACAACCGUUCGAGCACUUCAGUUAAGCAGCAAUGUAGCAGUUUGUCCUCCAGGAUUGUUUGUGGUGCAUCUUUCAACACCAUGCGAAGAUGUCAUUUUAGGAAAGGAAUAUGUACGUGCAGCCAUGAAUGCUCUUUUCAUUGUUCCGAACUCAGACAUCUCUGAAGGUGGUAUAUCCACAAAUGAUGAAGGUACAGAAGGAGAAACCAGGCCAACACUCCUUUGGAGCAGUGUGUACGUUCAAGCGCUAACACAGGCUUCAUUUAGUGCUGUAUGUUCAUGUCCCAUGCCUGAUGAGAAUCUUGACUAUAGAAAGAUACUGGAAUCAACAAAACAGCUAUUUACCAAUAUGUACCCACAAGAAGAAUUUUUCCCUAAGCAUUCAACAUCACAAAAUGCUGAAGAUGAUAGUGGUUCAUCCGAGUGAUCUAUAUUUUGUGAGGCAACUAGAGGUUGAUGAUUUUUUUUUCCACUAUGGGCAUUCUACUCAGGAAUGGUAUCUCGGUGUACCAAAAUGAGGGGAAGUGAAAGGACUAUCGAUCGAUUAUGUACCAUUGGUGUGGAUAUAAUCUUCAUAUUUCACUGUCAUGCCAAUGCUGAUGCAAUUGCAAUUGCCCCUGUAAGUUUCAGCUGCUUUGAGUGGUCUGAUACCUGAGCCAAUGUUCAGGUUGCUCAAUGAGCCUGCUGCAUGACAGGGAACCCGUCAUACUUGGUAAGAGUUACACAGACUGCUGCAAUCUUGAAUAAGCUGAUACCUGGCGGAACCAGCCUGAAAAUCUUCUAAAUUUCUUUCUUUUUCCCUGUCUGAAUUGUUGAUAAUGUCGGAUGGACUAUUGUCUUAACUUGAACUAGAAAUAUGUAAAGAAUCCUUUUCGUUGAAUAUGAAGUUCAGCUCUGCAUUCUGAGAAUAAUUGUCGAGCUU